GGAAGCGUGUUCAUUCAAGUCAUUAACGUAGGCCAUCAUAAACACUAUCGCGCUAGAAAGGUUCACGCGUUCAUUUGUCCAGCUCAGCUGGAGCCUUACCGGGGUCAUCCGCACCUGCUUGGAAUACUGUCUUGUGCUGAGCACAUCAUGAUGCAGCAUUUAGGCGGCAAGGCUGCGUAUCGACAAGGCCCGGCGCCGGUUCGUUGCGGCACUCCACGCACGCGGGCAGUGAGGCUCGUCGUGCAUGCAACGCAAUCACAACAAUGUAUUGAUCUGAACGGCGCCAACGCGCUAUCGCGUCGGGGCAUGCUGCUGGGGCUAUUAGGGUGCGCCGCGUUGGUCGGGCCCCGCGCAGCUGCUGCAUCCAGCACCGCACCGGUGCCCAGCCCUGACGGCGCCGCCACCGCGCCCGCAGACCCCUCAGCAGUAUCCAGCACCAGUGCCGCGCCCAUAGGCACCGCGGAUGCAGCCCCCAGUAGCAUCACUAUCACAAGCAGCAGCAGCGGCCCGGACGCGGCUGCAGCCGGCGCCUCGUCGGCGGCACCCAACGCCAGCAGCGGCGCCCCCACAACCACCACAACCACCAUCACAACCACCACUACCCGCAUUCCAUUGGAUGACGCCUCGCUAACCGACGAGGCGGCGCGGCGGCUACUGAUAGAGGAGGAGGAUCGGCGCAAGCGACGGAAGAAGUCGCAAGGGCGCUUCAAGGAGCUUGAGGAUAUCCGGAUCGAGCUGGCAGAGAAGGAGCUGGCCCUGCUGGAGAAGGAGAAGGCGCUGCUGACCAAGGAGCAGACGCUGGCCGUGCUGGCAGAGGAGCUGGAACUGGAGCGCAAGCUGCGCGCGCUGCUGACAAAGGAGAAGGAGCGCGCGGAGGAGGAGGCCGCACUGGCGAUGGGGCUGUGCGGCGGCGGGCUGGGCUUUUAAUGGUGUUGGUGGGCCCUGUUGGUGAUGGUGGGGUUAUCGUGAUGGAGCGGUGAGGCUGAAGGGACGGGGGUUAGCAGGUGAAUGCUGCGAGGUCUUGCAAUGCACAGGGUUGCAGGCGUGAGCGGGCCGGGCAGGCUGUUGUUCUGGGCCGCUUACGGACGCGCGCGGGGCGAAGCAGGUGCGCUCCGUAGGCAUGGAGGGAAGGGGCGAACGGGCCACGUUGCUCGGAGGCCUUCCGCAGCUGCUCACGCUCCGCUUGCCGAUUCCCUUGAUACGCCACAUUGUGAGACUUGCACGCACGGAACUCCAGUAAAUUGAUUUGCAUGUAUUGGCGAGGAUGCGAGAUGCCUUGUCAGUGGGGAAAGUCACUGAAUGUGCUCACGGAAUAUAAACCCCAGCGUUGUUUGGAAGGUGAUGCCGUGCCAUGGCGGUGGGCCUGUGACAGAUCCGGCCGACAAUUCCUUCGCUUGCGUGCGCUCGGCACAGCCGCUCCAUCUGUGCACGGGCGCAACCGGCACAGGGUGGCCGAUGCUGCCGAGGGAUGGGACCUAGGUGGACCCAGGCCGGCAUGGUACGGGACUAGUCAUGUGAUGACGAGGCAGGCUGUGGUCUUGAGUGGUGGGCGGUGGCGGCCGGGUCUAAAUUGCGGUGGCGGUGUGGACUCUCUAUGUCGUGUGUGUCGAGUACGAACGAAAGCCAUAGUGCGGCGUGAAGGUGCCUAGCAACCUUGCCAACAGAUCUUGCCAACUGCUUGAUAAUGCACGUAAUGUGCGGCGCGCGGAGGUCGCGCAUUGAUUGGGUUUAUGCGACCUUGCACUUUCAUGUCCGGACGCGCGUUGCUAGCCUCGAGUCUUGGGAGCCGUGGGUUGGUCAACGGAUGCGACGGAGGAGACCAGCAGGUAUGGUGCGUUAAAGGAGGCGUGCGAGUGGUGGGCGCCGCAAGCACGCACGUGGCCGCCAGCGCGUGCGUUCGACACUUGAUGCGGCCUGCAGGGGCCGCGCUGCUUGUGUACCGUACUUGUGUAACUUGGAAGUGGU